AUGGACCUCUCCCCCUCGACGUGGCGCGUGCUCGGCCUCUCCGUGGCGGCGACGUACAUCGGCCUCGGGACGUUCGCCAUAACCUGCCCGGUGCUGGCGGGGCAGGGAUUCGGGCUGUACCCGCGGGCGCCGGCGCCCGGCACCAACGCCAACCCGACGAAGAGCAGCACGACGCCGCCGGCCCACGCCAACGCCGACGUGGCCGACCACGCCGCGGCCGUGACCACGUCGAUGGCGCUGCUGGGCGCGCGCGACCUGAGCAUCGGGCUGGCGCUGGCCAAGUUCGGCGCCGACGGCCAGCUGCGCGAGAUGGGCACCGUGAUCCUCGCCGGCAUGGUGCUGUGCGUCGUCGACGUCUACCAGAUCUGGCGGCUGCGGGGCCCCGGAUGGGGGGCGGCCUUUGCGGCCGGUGCGGGAAUAUGGGUCGGUAUUGGGGCUGGGUUGGUCCAGGUGUAG